ACGACGACAAAACGCAAACGUACGUGAAAAUUCUAAUCUAUUAGUCAUAGCGGGCACGAUCAGAAAGAAAAACAUCUGUAGAACGGAUGAUACAGUUCCGAAGGUCAACCUUUUUUUGAUUCCCGGUAGUUUGCUGCAAACCAAACCAGCGCUACGUAAUCGAAGCAACAGCGUCGCAGUAUUAUCAUUUUGUGAAAACGGGAAAGUUGAUGCAAUCUAGAGUGGCGUGUUUGCUCCACAGAACGACAUCGUAAACCGCUAUCGUAUCCGAACGAUAUCUGUGUGCAGAAGAUAUGCUGAAUGGGCUGUGGAAAAAUCCGCCAAUUGUGGAAAGGGAUUUCAUUCAAGCAAUCCAGCGAUUGUUAGGCGGGGACGUUCCUCCUAACAAGGUACAGGAAGUGAAAAAUGAGUCCUACAUCAACCUGCCAGUACUUCAGCGGAAUGAAUCGAUGCGACUGUUUGCUCCGAAUCCCAACUCCCCGGACAAAAAGCUGGUGUACGAAAUCAUACUGGAAAGGCCCCAUUCGGAAACGAUCAACACGUCCUACAGCUUGUAUCGAGCAACAACACAAUCGGCAGCCGAGGAAAAAUUUGAGGCCUUCCAUCAACGUUUGCCAGAAUUGGUAAAAAUCGUUCGCGAGAUGUACAAUAUCAAUGGUUUGCAAAAGCUUUGCGACGUACUGAUUGAUAACCCUUCCUGGUCCUUGGCACACGUUGUUGCUUUUUAUAAUCUUACUGAUUAUAUUUCGAAUCCUAGUAUUAUUGAUUUUCUCGACUAUGCUGAAUAUUCUGAGAUGAUGACUCCAUUGCAGGUUGCUGUUAAGGCGAACAACAUUGAGUUUGUGAAAGCCCUGAUACAGUCUAAUCAAUGCAACUUGGAGCAUCUGGAUAAGAACAGCAAUUCGGUGUUUCACUACGCGGCUAGCACGACAAAGGAAAUGAUAAAUAUGUUAACAGCAAAAAGUACCUCCAACCUUAAUCAUUGCAACACCGACGGCUAUACGCCGCUUCAUUUGGCGUGUUUGGCAGACAAACCGGACUGCGUGAAGGCACUGCUGCUUGCCGGAGCCGAUACGAAUAAGAUGGCCCGAGGAGCUGGAACCUCUUAUAGCAAAUCCAUUCCAUCGAAACCUUCUUCUACAGGUAAUGUAGCCGAUUUUCUUGUCAGCAAUCCAAACAAACUGUUCACACAAGACAUGAAACACGGCGGCACCCCGCUGCACUGGAGCUCCAGCCGUGAGGUAUUGAACUCUUUAAUAGAGCGUGGUUGCGAUGUAAAUUUAGUAAAUUUCAACGGCCAAACUCCAUUGCAUGUGAUGGUGGCACGCGACCGGUUGGAAUGUGUCGUUGCGUUGUUGGCUCAUGAUGCUGAGAUUGAUGUGGUUGAUAACUCUGGCAACACUCCACUGCAUAUUGCGGUAGAAAAGAAGCUUAUUCCGAUCGUGCAGUGUUUGGUGGUGUUCGGUGCAGACUUUAACAAACCGAACAAGGAUGGUAAAACGCCCCGCCACUUGGUCGGAAAGGAUGACAGUGGCUCAAAGGAUUCGAUGAUUCUGUACAUUUUGCACUCGGUGGGUGCAAAACGGUGCCCCGAAAAAGGUAGUAAAUGUCCUCCAGGGUGUGCUGCGGGUGGUACCUAUAAUGGCAUCCCACCGGCCCAACCGGAAACGACGGAGCAGCGUGAACACAUCCAGCAGGUGCUGGCCCGAACAACUACAAAGUCACAUCGCAACAGUGUGCCAAGUCUGAUAUCGAACACGAUUCGUGCGACCAUCCCCGAGGAGCGCGAACGGCCGGAAGUGAAAACAGUCGACGUCAGUCAAGAGCGUAAAGGCGCGAGCAUGAUGGAUGCGUUGCUUUCGAUGUUUAUGAGCAAGGUAGAGGCUGCCUCUAAACCCACUUCCCCUACGUCCACGUCUUCUUCGCUAAAGGGUGGAGUGAACCUGCUGGGCGAUUUCGAUGUCGGCGACGAACCGAUGCUAACAGAUGAACCGGCCGGUCCGGAGUCUCCCAAGACACCGACGGCAGAAUGUGCUGGUGGCAGUGGUCAGCGAACGGAUUCGCGGCCCCGUUCGUCCUGUGAAGCGGGAGCUAGUGGCGAAUCGUACAAUGGGCGCGGCCGACUGCUCUGUCUGGAUGGUGGUGGUAUCAGGGGACUUGUUUUGGCACAAAUGCUUUUGGAAAUAGAAAAUCUCGCCCAAACACCCAUCGUGCAUCUGUUCGACUGGAUCGCCGGUACCAGUACUGGGGGAAUUUUGGCGCUUGCAUUAGGAUGCGGUAAAACCAUGAAACAAUGCAUGUGUCUGUAUCUGCGUAUGAAGGACCAAGCGUUCGUCGGAUCCCGGCCCUACCCAAGUGAUCAGCUGGAAACGGUGUUGAAAGAGCAGCUGGGAGAGUUUACCGUCAUGUCGGAUAUCAAACAUCCUCGAUUGAUGGUAACGGGAGUGAUGGCUGAUAGGAAGCCGGUAAAUUUGCAUCUAUUCCGCAACUACGAGGCCGCCAGCGAUAUUUUAAGCAUCGUGACGCCAUCAAAUAAUCGUGGACAGCCGCCACCGCCGCCUAGCGAACAGCUGGUGUGGCGUGCAGCCCGAGCCACCGGGGCCGCACCGUCGUACUUUCGUGCGUUCGGCCGUUUUCUCGAUGGUGGAUUGAUUGCGAAUAAUCCGACGCUGGACGCCAUGACCGAAAUUCACGAACUGAAUGCCGCACUGCAUUACAUUGGUCGGGCAUCCGAGGCAGUACCGGUGUCGGUGGUAGUGUCCCUGGGCACAGGAUUAACACCGGUAGUGGAUUUGAAAGAAAUCGAUGUGUUUCGUCCGGAUAGCAUAUGGGCUACGGCCAAAGUGGCCUACGGUAUAUCUACCAUCAGCACACUGCUGGUAGAUCAGGCUACAGCAUCCGAUGGACGGGUAGUAGAUCGUGCCAGAGCGUGGUGUAGUAUGAUAGGAGUACCGUACUUCCGGUUCAAUCCGCAGAUGUCUGUUGACAUUGGAAUGGACGAAAAGAUGGACGAACCACUAAUCAAUAUGCUGUGGGAGGCAAAGGCAUACAUGCACAGCAACCGAAAGCAGGUCAUCGAGCUGAUCAAUCUGCUCAAAUAGCAGUAAGCCUGAAGCGCAGGUUGUCAAAGAAAAGCACGAACAUUCCUAAAAGUGACUUUGUUGCCGGAUGAAUUUGCUUUUUUUGAAGAGGAUAACUUACCGAAAGUAGCAGCUAGCAGAACGUUCGUUCGAUCGAUCGGGCUGAAUAUAUUGAAUGGCGCCAUUGCUUUUGAUUGUUCCAAAAAUCGUACUGAAUUGUUGACAAUAUCUUUAGAAAAACGAACACUGUGUGCUAACUAAUAAUCAGCGAUCAGGGAAAGCUUCUUCAGUAGCACCGAAACGCAUCGAAUAGAACACUAAAGUACGGGAAAAUUGGAGACAUUAUUUGGAAGAUGUUUGCAGUCGACGAAGAUGUUGUCGUACGGGCGAAGUUAAAAUAACAAUAAGCUAAACCAUAAAUACCUUUCACACUGGCACACAAGUGUAGUGGAAUACAAAUUGUCCUUAAUUGUUAAUAUCGCGCUUGACACGUUGCCAGAUGUACGCAAAUAUGUUUAACUUUAUAUGAUCAUGCUUGAGACAACAGCCGAGUUGAACGUCCUGGGGGAAAGAAAUCGUUUUCAUUGUGAUGUCGUGUAAUUAUAUGUGUAAUUUUUUACGGAGCAAAAUACGAUACAAAAGAUAAAAGAUGUUCUCUAGAUGUGGUGUGGUGUGCAGAGUAGAGGCAAAUUACCUGUUUUGUGCAUGCAACACUUUGCUUUCAUUUAUUAUGCGCUGCUAUUGUUUAGAAAACUUACAUACACACACAUGCAUACAUACACAAACAUCUCCCUAUAUAAACAAAAACACACACACACACAAAUACGCAAACAAUGUUAUGUUGUACUGAAAUGCAAGAUACAAUAACGUUUAUAUCAUAAAAAAAACCCACCAAACAUGCGUCUGUGCUGUAAAGGCGAACAGUGAACAGGGAUUGGGAGUUAGUUUGACCGAUUUUAUUAAACAAAAGAAGAGAAAAGAAAAAAACGGAAGUAAAACUUCGCUCACCAUGCGCACCAAAUAAUAUAGUGUUACUAUUUAUUUUGUUUAUUGUUUAUUUGUGGUCCAAGUGGUCCAAUACCUGCAACAAUGGUUAAAUAUGUUUCUUCCAAUAAAUCUUUCCAACGAUGAUACUACCCGCAAAGUGCAAGUACUGAACUGAUCGAGCGAUCGUUAUCGUAUUUCUUUCCUUUUUCGCUCUGCAAGUGCUCGGAAGAUUGUGUUGUAACGUAAAAACAAGAGAUAUUCUCAUGUCAUUUAAAUCGUAAUGAAAAGCUGCAUAAUUGGAUUAGUAAUCAAAACCCCAACAAGAGAAGAAAAAGACGAAUUGGCUGUCACAAAAUUGUACUACCAUUUUGAUGUUAACACAAUUGUAAGCAAAGAGAAAACGAAAGGGCAAAAACAUCAUGACUAAAUUGGCGCUUCGUUCACGAAACACUAUAGAAACAAAAAAAGCAUGCAACAUUGUUCUGUGUGUAUGAACUGUCGAGGGAUUGAUUUUUGUGCUGUGCUGAAUGAGGCAACAUGCUCAAAAAGACCAAUCCCAAGCGCAUUUUAUAAUAAAUUUUUCAAUUAGUGGCGAUCUGUGUCCGUUUUAAAAUGAAAAUUGGAAAUUGCAGUAAAAAGUGUCAAUAUAUUGGUCAUGCUAUAUUAUAACAUCAAAUUGCAUAUUUUAUUAUUGAAAAUUGUUGAACAACACGAAAUAUCAAAUAAAGAUCGUAAAAGCGAA